AUGGAGAUCAACAAUAUUACUGGACUGAUAUCACUCCAGUUGUCAAAAAAUAACUUUUUCGGUUAUUUACCCCCAGAUAUAUGCAAAGGUGGAGCCCUAAAGUACCUCACUCUUUACAUGAACAACUUCCAAGGCCCCAUUCCUACGUCCUUGAAGAAUUGUACGGGAUUAGUGAGGGUCCGUCUUGAACACAACCAACUCACCGGGGAUGUAUCUCAAUAUCUUGGAGUGUAUCCCCAUCUUUCUUAUAUGGAUUUGAGCUUCAAUCUAUUCUCCGGUACACUCUCACCGGACUGGGCAAAAUGGCACGAUCUAACGCGCUUGAGAAUCUCAAAUAACAACAUCUCCGGAGUCAUACCUACCGAGUUUGGGCAGUUGACGAAACUGGAAGACCUGGACCUCUCUUCCAACUACCUACAAGGAGAGAUCCCAAAGAGCUUCGGCAGCUUAACCCUUCUCUACAAUCUGAGCUUGAGCAACAACCAACUCGUCGGUCAGGUGCCUCUGGAGUUUGGAAUGCUGUCCAAUCUUCGACUGCUUGAUCUCUCAUCCAACAACUUGGCAGGAAGAAUCCCAGAUCAAUUAGGCAACUGCACGAACCUCGGAUCGUUGAAGCUUAACAACAACAACUUCAGUGGAACCAUUCCUUUGGCCAUUGGUUAUCUGGUGCACCUUCAAGACACCUUUGACGUCAGCCACAACUCACUAACAGGGGAGGUUCCAUCCCAACUCAGCAAAUUGGUGAUGCUGCAAAGCCUGAAUCUAUCGCAUAAUUCCUUGUCGGGUCAUCUUCCAUCUUCGCUAACGUAUAUGACGAGCUUGUCUACCGUAGAUGUAUCCUACAAUGAACUGGACGGCCCUGUUCCUGAUAGCCCAGCUUUCCGAAGAGCCCCGGCAGAGUGGUUUGCCCAUAACAAUGAUCUGUGUGGAGUUGUUCGAGGAUUGCCUCCGUGUGUUACACUCGGUACUACAACAAAAGAUGACCGAAGCAAGCGCCACAAAGUGGUUGUAAUAGCCAUCAUUGCUUCCGUCGUCUUCUUCCUUCUCUUGUUUAUAUUCAAUGCAGCUGCUUUACGAUUCCACAAGAGAAAGAACCCGCUAGUACCUGUCGAUGAUAAUCACAACAAAGAAGGUGCAUUCUCUAUAUUGAAUUUUGAUGGAAGAGAUGUAUACAAGGACAUCAUCGAAGCCACCGGAGAUUUCGAUGGCAAAUACUGUAUCGGAAGUGGUGCAUAUGGCAGAGUCUACAGAGUAGAGUUAGCAAGUGGGGAGCUGCUAGCGGUGAAGAAGAUUCACCUACCAGACACUGAAGGUACAUUCGACGAGCAACCCUUUCAAAAUGAGAUACAAACUCUUACUCAAAUUCGACAUCGCAAUAUCGUCAAGCUUUACGGGUUCUGCUCCUCUCCUCGACACAAAUUUCUGGUGUACGAGUACAUGGAGAGAGGAAGUCUGGCAUCUGUUCUCCGAAGCGAAACUGCAGCUGAAUUGGACUGGGUGAAGAGGGUGAGCAUCGUGAAGGAUGUCGCCUGUGCUUUAUCCUACAUGCAUCAUGACUGCGCACCACCCAUCGUUCAUCGGGAUAUCACAAGCAACAACAUUCUACUUGAUUCAGAAUUCAAGGCUUGUGUUUCCGACUUUGGAAUUGCUCGACUGCUGAAGCCGGAUUCAUCAAAUUGGACCAUGCUUGCAGGCACACGGGGUUACCUAGCACCAGAGUUUGCUUACACUAUGAGAGUAACCACCAAAUGUGAUGUGUACAGCUUUGGUGUGGUCACGCUUGAGUUGCUAGUAGGAGCAUAUGGAGAAGAACUUAUCUCCAUUCUGUCAUCUCCGUCUGGUAACAAUGUCUUUGUGACAGAUGUAUUAGACCAACGCCUAUCACUUCCUAUGGCUCGAGUUGCAGAUGAAGUAAUUGCAGUCUUAACAGCUGCACUAAGUUGUGCCAACAACAGCCCAGAAUCGCGCCCAGCGAUGAAGCAAGUCUAUGAAAAUAUAUGUGCUGUCAAGACACCACAGGGCUGUGGAUCUCUUGAUGCGCUGAGGCUUUCCGACUUGACGAAUGCAGACAAAUGA